AAUAGAGAAUUUGCUUCUAUGCUGGAGUCUGACUUGGGGAGGUUCACUGGUUUGUGGAUCCACAUUUUGUUCUCCUCUGAAAGUAAUGAUCAACAGGGGAGUUGCCCAGAUUGAUCCUCUUAGAAGAGGAUUUCUCUCUAGUUCAAUAUAAGACAUGGUUGUAAGCUGAGAAUGAGAACAACAGAGCAUUUAUACCAGUCCUCAGUGACUGGGAACUCUGCUUUGAAAGAUUGACUGCGUCAUGGGAGCCUCACUCCAACAGUCAAGGGCAGAACGUGGCCUAUGGUCUGUAAAGCCUUUUUGGAUGGAAGACGCUACGUAAACGCUUCGACUUCAUGAUGGAAAGCUCAUUAAGGACAGGCGCCACCACCUUCGAACGUACCCCAACUGCUUUGUUGCAAAGGAGCUUACAGACUGGCUGAUUGACCACAAGGAAGCACCAGACCGAGAGACGGGUAUCCGCCUAAUGCAGAAGCUAAUGGACCAUUACAUCAUCCAUCAUGUUUGUGAUGAACACUCGGACUACAAGGAUGCCAAGUUGCUCUACCGUUUCCGCAAGGACGACGGGACCUUUCCUCUCAACAAGGAUGUAAAGGUGUUCCUGAGGGGGCAGAGCCUUUAUGAGACGCUGAUCAAUGUAGAAGACUCCAUACUGAAGGCGAGAGAGGAGAAUUCUGUGAAGUACCAGAGGACAUUCCUGGGCUGUGAAAUGAUUGACUGGCUCAUCCAGGAAGGGGAGACAGCAAACAGAAAGGAAGCUGUGGAGCUGGGCCAAGCACUGUUGGAACAUGGGAUCGUUCAGCAUGUCUCCAGCAAGCACCACUUCUUUGACAGUAACCUGCUCUACCAGUUCCGGAUCAACUUCCGCCGGAGGCGACGGCUCACGGAGCUGCUCAACGAGAACUCGCCCCGGGCUUUGUCGGAGAGCCCUGACAGCCCCUUCUGCCUCCGCAAGCUCAACCCGGAGCAAGGCAACUCCAGCUUCCUCUCGGUCCAGCCCAACAAGGAGAUCAAAAUAGUGUCAGCAGUUCGGAGGAGCAGCGUCACCUCUCUUGCCGGAAGUUCCAACCCCUAUUUCACUCCUACGCCCAGCCUGGGAUUCCUGCCAGCAGCUGAAUGCAACCCCAAAUCAGUGCUAAAGAGGCCUAUCACCAAUGAGGAGCUCCUGUCCCCUGGGGCUCCAUACAUCAAGAAAACACUAACCAUUGUGGGGGAUGCUGUGGGCUGGGGGUUUGUGGUCCGUGGAGGGAGACCCUGCCAUAUCCAGGCUGUGGACCCAGGAGGACCUGCUGCUGCAGCAGGCAUGAAGGUGUGUCAGUUUGUUUUCUCUGUGAACGGAAUGUACGUUCUGCAUUUGGACUAUCCGACCAUCAGCAGCCUCAUAAUGACGGGACCACGAACGCUUGUUCUGGAGGUCAUGGAAGCCGUUGAAUAAGUGAAGAAUCCUCUCCUCAUCACUGUUCCAAGAGGCGGGAUGCUUCAGCUACUAAAGGAUGGAGUGAUCAGUUACAUGAGUCUGCUAAAAUUAGGGGACGGACCAAACCUGGUCUCUCAUUCUAAGAGACUAGGCCUGAAAUGUAGCCUGACAUUUUGACUUGUCUUAAGUAAUUGGAAUCUCAUGGGGCAGGUCUCUUGGGCUCAGACAGGACUGAGGUAUUUGUGGCUCAGUGCCUAAUCCUGAGAGAUGAUGAGCACCCACAGCUCCUUUUAGAGUCAAUGGAAGUGCUUGGCCACGCUCAGGAUUGGGUCCUUAGCGCACAUGGUCCUUUCACCUACAAGGACCUGAGGUCAAGUCGCAAGUUAAGUAAGAAUUUAACUGAGUUUGUUUGAUCUCCAGGAACCGGUAAGUGAUGAGAAGCUUGUUGGUUUUGUUUAAAAAACCUACCAUUCCGUGUGAUGACCCUGAGCAGAAUAUCUGAGCUCAGGAGACUGCCCAGCACGCAGAGUCAGCUAAAAACGCCUUAUCUGAAAGCUGUACACACUCCAGAUGAUGCAGUACAUGGCGCUGGUGACCACAUCAAGAAAUAAAGGAAAGAAUGCCCCAGUGAGUUACGUUUCCUUAUAAACAGGAAAGAGACCCCUUUUCCAGAUGGAAGUUGACAUACUCAAGGGAAAUAACUUUUAUUUUUGAAGCAUCUAAGAGGUUUCCAACAUUUAAUUUUUUGAAAAUGUCUUUUUAAACUAUAUUUUUAAAACUACUGUAGCUGAAAGUGUCUUUUUUAAAUAAAAUCUGUUUAGAUGCUGAUUUGUCAGUGUUUUCAUAUUUGAUUAGAUAGUUCCUCUUCCAUCACUUUCUUCAGUGCACAACAUGCCUCCCUCUAAUGGUGUAAUGUCUCAUAAAACUGAUAUCUGAUGAAGCCCACGAAAGCUUAUGCUCAAAUAAAUUUUAGUCCCUAAGGUGCCACAAAUACUCCUGUUCCUUUCUUUUAAGGGUGAUGCAAAUCCUAGUGGAGAUUAUAUAUGCACAGCCCACUAUGGAGUGAAUUAGAUGCAGCAUAUUAUUAAUCAUAACGAGAAACUGGUCUUCAGUUGACUGUGCAUCGUGCUGACAAUUUGUCCCUAGGAUUGCUUGAAGUGAAGAGAAAUUAGUGAUGUGUUAAAACUCUGUUCCAGGUUCCAGGGUCAAUCAGUGGCAGGGCAUUUGUGCCAGAGAAAUCUGAUUCUAAGCAUUAGGGAUGGAAACCUGGCUUUAUAGAAGUCAAUGGAAUUUUUGCAAUUUAUUUCGUUGAGGACAAGAUUUCACCCUGUUGGAUUGAGAGUCACUUACUCAGCAGCUAGGUCCAACGAAUAUUUAUUAAGGCAAAACACUCAGAGUGGUGAUCAGUUACUCACAAGUGGGAAGCUUAUCAGGAUGAUCUCUUCACAGUCAAUGAUACAAUAUAGCUUCAACCUCCCUUUGUUACACAAACUUCUUUAUAACUUUUUUGUUAUCUUAUACAUAUGUAUUAGUCUCUCAUUUCCACAUUAAAUCUCUUCCUCUGUCAGUAGAGGUUUAGUGGGAGUUCAAACCGGUCUUUUCUAGCUUAUUAGUUACUUUAUCUUUUCUUGUCCUCUCAUACAUGAUUGCUUAGCAAUUUCUUACAUGUGCACAACACUCAACAGGAUUACUCUGCAGUUUCUUACACAUACACUCUUCUACUUAUGCUUACGCUGUUAAAUGUUAUCAGGACCGACUUGUCAAAUCUACAACAGGCUUCUGUCAGUCCUAAAUAUGCCUUCGCUCGCAACACUUGUGAGUUAAUUCAUCACUGGAGCUGGCUGGGAAAUGGAAUUUCUGUCCUGGGGGGGUUGGGGGGAGGGAAAAUUUCUUGGACUCUUUUCAUCCUGGAAUGGUACAAAAAAGCCAAAAACUCAGUUUUGUUUUUUUCCAGACCUGAAAUUCUGCAAUAUUUUAUUUUGGGAACACUGAAAGAUUCCUGCUGCAUCUCUGACAUGAAAUAUGCCCAGUCAGCUAGCCAGGCAACUAGAGAGUCCAAAAAGCUUGUCUAUCAGUCAGGUGGGCAGCCCAGUAACUCAUGUCAUUUGGGGCCUAAAUUGGAGCUGACCUUCUGAAAAUCUGAGCCUGGUUGUAGAUGCUGAGGACUUGUAAAAAUCUGUUCCCAAGUGUGCAUCAUAAAUGGACAUGGCUGUAGAAAUGGCUGCUCUGUGGUUUUACUGCGGCCCCUUGCAGUGCCUCUGCUGUUGAUGAAAGACAACUAUUCAUUCCCCUAUCACUGGUGCAGCUAGCAUAGGGAUUUGUUGUGAUACUGCUCAGCAAAUCACUGUAAUAUCGGACAGCAAGAUACUGUAGUGGAGGAUACACAGAGGUCCUCGCAGGCACUACUGGGAAACUGGGCAGUCUUUCAAUCCAUUUAUCAAGAUGCUGGCAGUUCCCAUUUCCAGCUAGGUGAAAUAAACCGCAUGCAAAGAGAGCUGAUUGGUACCCAGAGCAUCUUAACAGAUACACUCGUUUAAACUCCAGUUUGACUUGGAUGCAUAAGUAGUGUGUCAACUCUAGGAUCUACUCCAAAUUGUAGGGUUCUCUCUAAGUGUAGGAAAGGCCAGUAAAGGUCCAUGUUGUCAGGUUCCCAUGCAGUGAUCUCAAGGCAGGUAGAGAGGGAUACCAUACCAGCCUUUCUUUGGAUCCAGAACUGAGCUCAGAGGCCCAAAACCUAGGAAUGAAGUUUUGAUCUGGAUCAAGAUUUUUUCCCAAUGUUCAGAUGAGGGUGGGGCACAGUGUUCCAUUUCAUGCAUACUUUUAAUUUUAGGAUAAACAGUAGCAACUAUAGGUAGCUCUUAAAAUCCAUGGGAGUUCCGAGAAAAGUAAAUUGCUUUAGUUAAAGGGAGAAGUGAGUGGAUUAGAG